UUUAAGUUUAGCCCAAUGAUUUUUUGUGUUCGGAAGACAGCUGAAUGAUAGUUCUAGUUUUCAAUCGCAUUAAGUUCAAGGACUUCCCUUACGAAUAUUGUGACGAACUGUCAUCAGAGCUCUUCUUUUGCCCUACUUAUUCGCUGGUAGCUUAAGGGGCUGUUUCAGCUUCAGCCGGACGGGUUACCCGUUGGAGCUCCGUGUUUCGUGAGAAACAUCGACCUACACGACCUGGGCCUCGAAUUAAUCCGGAAACACAUGAAGUCAGCGUCGGAACGGUACUUCGAUAAUACUAUGCGUCAUGUUAAUCACCUUAUCGUUGCCGCCGCUGACUACUCUCCUAACCAGUCACCGUCGACGCCCUAGAUACGUCCUUACGGAUCUAUCAGGUCCAAUAACCCUUGCGUUACACGCCUCGUCGAACUCAGCGAAGAGUUCGACGUGCAACCUAACCCAUGCAUCAGCCCGCUUAGUUUCUCGCUUGAUCUUCUCAGCGAGUCGCGAUUCCGAUCCGGUAGUAGAUUCAUUCGCGAAGCAGUUGGUCUUGAGUUGUUAGGUCUUUUGGAGGCGCUCGGGUAGCUGUUAGCAAAUCCCACCCCUCCUGGCUGAGCCCUUGCUCGCCCAUCUGUUCUGGUGAAACUGAAAAGGGCACCAGUAAUCACGCAAUCAUAAAAAAUAGGGCCCGUUAGCUCACCUACCGAUCCGGGCGUAGCUGGAAUAGCCUAGCGAGUAGGUAUGGAAAAAAAAACUGCUGCGUUCCGUUAGCUCAGUUUAUUUAGCGCUCGACUCGUUAUCGCAGCGAUGUACAAUCAUUAUAUCACCACUAUAAUAUACCUUAACGUUGAAUUUCGAAAUGUUUGAUAAGAUACGAUAGAUAUACAGGCGAAUUUCCGAGGCGUAUUCGAGUCACAUUAACCUAUACUGUUGGACGCUUCAGUCCGAAAAUUUUCAGUGCGUCGGGCGUGGUCGGCUAUUCAAGGACUCAUUGAAGUCCUUUAUAUAUUUAAAUAGUUUGUUUUCUUUUUGAGGAAAUUCUUGAACAGUGCCUGUGAGAAUGUUCGCGAAGCUUCUCAUUCUAUGCCUCGUGUUCGGCGCUAGCCGUGCCCAAAGUCAUCGUGUGUGCAUUUUGUCAUCUUCAUCGUCACUAUGCCAGAGUUUAGACAAAGACGGGAGCCAGGCGACGUGCAGCAGAGUGGAAACUAGAAUUGACUGCGCUUUGAGACUGGCCCGCGGAGAAGCGGACAUUGGCUUCUUCACCGAGGAGGAGCUACUGUUAUUAUCACAGCAACAGCCAAACGACAAUAGGGUCAUCGCAACCGUCAGAGACGUCAGUAGAUUGGAGACGUUCUCCUUCGAAGCUGUGGCUGUAGUUCCGAAUAACCACACCGGAGGACUUGAUGGGUUGCGUGGUGGUAGAUAUUGUCAUCCCGGAUUCGACCAGUCCGACCUGAGAUGGUCCCCAAGAGUGCUCAAGACUUUGGAAGAAGUGGCCGCGCGCACCGACCGUUGCCCCGACGUGGACACGAACAGAAAAACGGCCGAGGAAAUCGAAGUGGAAACAUUAAGCUCCUUCUUCUCAGCUGCCUGCAGACCUGGGACCUGGAGUUCAAACUCUACAGUUGACGCCGACUUAAAAACGCGUUUCCCCUCUCUGUGCUCCCUAUGCGGUGGGAGCUCCGGCUGCACAGGAUACAGCAUAGACAUGGGCAUCAGCGUCGCCGGAGUCAAUAACCAGAACCGCCACAUCCAGGCGUUGGAGUGCUUGAGGGUCAGCACGAAUGACAGCGUCCCCACAGUGGCGUACGCGGCCUGGCUUCACGUCCGGAACUAUUUUAAUAUCCGCAAUCCACAAGACGCAGCCUCAUUCUCCCUGCUGUGUCCGGAUGGAACUCUUCAGGCGUUGACCCCUGAGAUCUUGAGUAACCCUGUGGCACCUUGUUCGUUCGUGAAACAACCCUGGGGAGCUAUUGUCGCGUCUACGGCUGCAGCUUCCACUGUCCUCACCAAUCUCCAGGCCUGGUGGCCGACUGGAACUGAUCCCGGAGCGAACUCUUGGCAGUCGGUAUUGUUCAGCGGUCUCAUUGGGGGCGCGAACGCGAGGGUUGUCUUCGAGCAAGCCCCCAUUGCUCCAGCCAAUUAUACUGCUCCGAUACGCAGCAUUCCCGCUAUAGACUCAACGGCGUCCUGUCUUCCGGCUCAACGCUGGUGUACCACGAACUUAAACGAGCAAACCAAGUGCUCUUGGGUUAGAGCAUCAGCCUACACCCUCGGAAUUCAGCCGGCAAUCUCCUGUCAGCAGAGGAGCUCGGUCUUCGACUGCCUCACCGACAUCAAGGAAUCAAGAGCCGAUUUUAUUGCCACUCCCUCCAAUUAUGGAUAUAUCGCAAGGCAACAUUACCGCCUCUCGCCCGUGAAACUGGUUCAGAACACCAGAUCUGGAGCGUCUCGGGUCGCGGCCUUCGUCAAGGAAACGGCCGCAGCGCAGGAGAACAUCACGCGCUUCGAGAACCUUCGAGGAAAGAAGGCCUGCUUCCCAGAAUUUGGAGGGCUUGCGUACGUCGCGUUCGUGCGCACCGCCCAGCUGCGGGGCGUGAUCAGCGAGACAGAAUGCGAUUAUGUGAAAGCUGUGGGAGAGUUUUUCGACGGCGCCUGCGCCCCGGGAGCAUUGGACGCCUCUCACACCAUCACGGAAACCACCUUCAACGCGACCUCGUUGUGUUCUGUAUGCAGGCCACUCAUCCCCACACCUGAUAACUUUACCUGCGCUUAUGAUUAUACGAACGUUUAUUAUGGCAACAACGGUACUCUAGCGUGUCUGAACGAUCCGACCACGGACAUCGCAGUGCUGAGCACGGAGAACAUCAAUGUUCACUUACAAGCGUUAGGACUGCAAGCCAAUCAGUUCCGUGCCCUCUGUCAGAACAACACGCUCGCCGCGACGCCUGGCGUGUUCAUUGACGACAACUGUCUCCUAGCUUACGUUGUCGACGCGGAGGUUCUGUCCAGAAGAGGCGACCCGCUGAACAACGCUUUGAACGUUUUAUUCGAUUCGCUGGACGCGUACUUCGGUUACAACACGGCGGCCGCGAACCAGCUCAUCAAUUUGGAUUUGUUCUCGUCUUUCAACGGGAUCAGCGAUUUGUUGUUCAAGGACUCGACUAUAGGCCUAACGGAGCCCACGGGCGAGGCUCCUCACGAACCCGCCAGGAACUACAUGGAAUUGUUCAGACACUUGGACGCGUGCAGCCGGGCGACCCCACAAGUGCCCGAUAUAGCGAACCGCGCCGCCUUCUCCGUUAUAACGAUGCUCGUUAUGAGUUUCUUAACGAGAUUUGUCGUUUAUUAAAUAGAAUUCGUGUUUUUUUUUAUUCUACGUACAUAUUUGAGUUUUGUUACAGUAACUUAAGGAGGUUAGAAAUACGUAGCGGCAUAUUAGUGUAUUAAUUGACCUAAAGGUCUUAGUUACCAGGUCAUAAAACUCGUUAAAAAAAAUUGUGUAAUAAAAAGUGUCCGUUGAAACGGAGCCAAUUCAGGUGGCGCCACAGUAGCAUGUGGAAGGGUUUUAAAAACAGCGCCUUAAACUAUCAGAGCAGGAUAUUAAAUUAGCAAACAAAGAAACGCUUCAUACUUAAAUAGUAAUAAAAAUAAAUAGAUGAGAUUUUAAAUACACUGUAUAUUUUUUAAUUAAACAAUUUACAAAUGACAAUUUACUCUGUACAAAACUGCUAUAUUCAUAUAAUUUCCAAUUCUUACACUAGCGCUAUUUCGGUGACUCUUCCAAAGUGUCUUGUUGUCCCCUAUACAAGAUGGCGAUCCUUACAGAUAUCCUCCAUAGGUCAAUAUAAAGUUUUUGAUGUUGUUCAAACAUAGAUACAAAAUGGCGCAUGACGUAAUAUUUUAUUAUCAAUGUAUGUACUUACAUAAUAGAAUUUGGUAUUGUAAAAUAUUUUCUAAGAUUUUUUUCAGCAAUAAUAGUGUAACUUCUUAGCUAUAAGAACUGAUUUAAACCACCGUGCUCAUUUCAAAAUAAAAUAAAAUAAAACCAUUUUUUUUUUCGUCAAAUAAUUACCCGAAUGCCGUUGCUGUAAUUUUUAUUUAUUGGUUAAACACCUUCAUCUUUAAUGAAUAUGAUACCUUAUUAAAACUUUUUUGUAAUAAAAAAAAUGGUAUUCGGUAUCUGUGGGUUUUAACUAUAAAACAAAAAAAAAAUUGCGAUAUUGACAGUGACAGAUUUUGACUUAUCAUAUUAUUAAUUAUUAUUAAAUGGCUUUUUUUCAAAUACCUAUGUAUUUAAAGACGUUAUGUAGAAUGUUUUUUUUUUUAGUUUUGUUAUUAUAUGCUGUGUAAUAUUUGCUGUUUGAGUGUAAUUAAAAAAAAAAGUAUUUUUAAUUACAGGCCUUCGCAGAACAAAUUUGUUAAGACGAAAAGAAGUUUUAUUUUUGUAGUGCCAAAGCACAAUUUGGGAGUAGCAUUCGUACAACCUUAUGAGUUUUGUAUUUUUUCUUGUGUUUUAGUAAUAAAUUUUGUAAUAAAUA